AUGUGGACCAAUUUCAGCCGCACAAAUCAGACCUCUGUGACUCCUGCGGCAGACAAUUAUAACCUAACCUUUGGGGAAUACCUGGAGCAAAAGACUAUCUCUUUCCUAAGCAUUUUUAUUGGCCUUUUUGGGUUUCUGGGGAACGCCGUUGUCCUCUGGCUUCUUGGCUUCCGCAUUAAGAGGAAUUCUUUCACCAUCUUCAUCCUGAACCUGGCCGUGGCUGACAUCGGAGUCCUCAUAUCUUUGGCUACAUUUUUUGCUGUAGAAGAUCCCUCUUUGAACCUCAUAUACGUGGAGCUCAUCGUAUUCACAUACAGCACCGGCCAGUUCCUACUGACAGUGAUCAGCAUUGACCGGUGCCUGUGUGUCCUCUUCCCAAUCUGGCAUCGACUUCACCGACCAUCCCGAUUGUCCACCUUUGUGUGUGCUGCCAUCUGGGUCCUCUCUUUCCUGCUUAGUGGCAUUCACUAUGUACUCUUCCAGACUGAAAUCCUGGAAAAUGGUUGCCGUUGCAGGUUCUACCAGUUUUUUGUGAGCGCCCUGCUUUGCCUCCCACUCAUGAUCAGCUCCACUCUGACCUUGUUCAUUAAUGUCUGCUUCAAAUCCCAACAGCGCCGGAGAGGAAAGCUUUUAAGAGCUAUCCUCCUUACUCUUCUCUUUUUCCUUUUCUUUGCUUUCCCGCUGAAUGCUGCCUACUUGAACUUUACUUUAUCCACUGAUGCAGGCCCCUCUCCAAUGAGAUACGGCUUACUGUGUGCUUCUUUAAAUAGCAGCAUUAACCCACUUAUUUAUUUCCUGGUUGGGAGAAAGAAGAGGGGUCAAUCAAGAGAAAACUGGAAAGCCACAUUCCGCAGGAUCCUGGAAGAAGAUGAAGGGCAAAGAGAGGACCUGCAGCCCAACAUUCAACCCAAGCCAUGA